AUGGCGCAUCAGGACUGCAGAUUCUACGAGGCCAAGUUUCCAGAGGUGGAUGAUGUGGUGAUGGUGCAGGUGCGCUCCAUCGCCGAGAUGGGCGCGUAUGUGUCGCUGCUGGAGUAUGGCGGCAUCGAGGGCAUGAUCCUGCUGUCGGAGCUGAGCCGGCGGCGCAUCCGGUCGGUGCAAAAGCUGAUCAAGGUGGGGCGGCAGGAGCCGGUCAUGGUGCUGCGUGUGGACAAGGAGAAGGGGUACAUCGACCUGUCCAAGCGCCGAGUCAGCCCAGAGGACCUGGCGAAGUGCGAGGACCGGUUCGCCAAGAGCAAGAUGGUGCACAGCAUCAUGCGGCACGUGGCGGAGACCACGGGGCACAACCUUGAGCAGCUGUACGCUGAGGUGGCAUGGCCGCUGUACCGCAUGUACGGCCACGCAUACAAUGCCUUUGCCACCAUGAUCACAGAUGAGGAGGCGGAGGCUGUGUUCAAGCGCCUCAUCGAGGAGGUGCACGGCGGCAACAAGCCCGAGGUGCUGACGCAGGCGGUGCAGGAGGGCAUCAUGGUCAACAUCAGGCGGCGGCUGACUCCCCAGGCCAUCAAGGUGCGCGCCGACGUGGAGAUGACUUGCUUUGCGUACGAAGGAGUGGAGCAGAUCAAGGAGGCGAUGCGCGUGGCGCAGCGCUGCGGCAGCCAGGCCUGCCCCGUCAGCAUGAAGCUGGUGGCGGCGCCGCGCUACGUGCUCACCACAUCCGUGCUGGACAAGACGCAGACGAGUGCAAGGCCCAGCAUAGAGGCGGCCAAGGGGCGCAUGGUGGUCAAGGAGGCACCGCGGGCGGUCAGCGAGAAGGAGGAGCGCGCGCUUGAAGAGGAGCUGCAGGCCGCGGAGGCGGCCAACCAGGAGGUGUCUGGCGACACCGACGAGGAGGAGGAGUUUGAGGAGGGGCAGGAUGUUGACGUGGACGCCGGCCCCGCGUUGGCGCUGUGA